GUGUAGAUAGACACACAGAUGUUUGGCGUCUUGCCGGCGGGAUUUAUUCACUUUAUGAUAGACGAUAUUAUGUUAACUCCUAUACCAAUGCUUUGAAUAUGUGUUUCAUUUGGAGACGAUUUGGGGAAACAUCACUAUAUGGUUAGCAGACCUGGCUGACUUAGGAACUGAUACUAUGACACAAAAGCUAUGGACCACAAUGGACACCAACAGAAACCUGAGCUGAAUAUAUCUAAUAAUCUCUUUUUAUGUUGUAAUUGCUGCAAGAUAUCUGUGCUGGGCAUUCCAUACAAAAUCCUAAAGUCGCAGCCGUGCUAUGUAUUGUUCUUACAAAAGCUGUUAAAUCCAUCCUGUUUCAAGUUGCAAUCACCUUUAAGAUAUGUUUCAGAAUCUAACAGUUUUGAGACUAAUUCAUCGUCAGUAAUUCAGGGAAAACGGUACUGAGAAAUGAUCAUAUGACAGACAAGAGUUAAGUCAACACUAUAUUGCAUAUAUAAAGUAGGAUGUAUAAUUAUUAUCAAACUACACUGUUGAUAUCCUUAUGAUUUUCCUUAGUUACAAUGGGGUUAUAUCUAAAAAUCGC